AUGUCUCUCGCGGUCACUUACAAAGAUCAACCUCCCACAAUGAUCGAUGAUGACUUGCAAGCCUAUGGGGAGGCGCAAGAGAUGAGGGAGCCAGACGCCGAAGGCGAAGACGAAGACGAAGAAGCCGAGGAUUCAGAGUCUUCAAGUGACGAUGAUGCCCAGGAAGACGACGAGAAUGAUGACUUUGACGAAAAUGCCGGCUGGAGCGAUGAGGAAGAGGGAGAGUACGACAUCGUCAGAAAGUACAACCUUGUGUGGUGCAAGUCCUGGGAGGGAGAGCAGAAAGCUUACGAGGGUGGAGCCUUCAAGGGGAGUUUCCUCAAUAUCCGUGGUUCAGCGGAGCAGGAUCAAGGGGUAGAGCCCUUCCGAUGCACUGCUGAUUUCUUAUGGCGCGGUUUCGUUGCGCAAUUCACCUGCACCUACCGCCCUGAGACUCAGUCCUUCACGGACUUUAAGGCGAAGACGAAGACUUUGGCUGGAGGUAUGGAAGAUCUCCGAGGCGUCAAGGUCCGUUUGUGGGAAGAGACUUUGAGCAAGGAAAUGGGCGAACUGGUUCGAGGGAGAAAGGAGGUCAGAGAUGAUAGAGACCAUCUGUUCCUCUUCGUGCAGAUGUACACCUGGAAGUUGGGAAUCGAAGAAGUGGUAUAUUUUUUGUAUGGGAAGCAGGUGGUCGAGGAUGGAGGCCAAGACAAUACCGCCUUGACAGAAGGAGAAAAGGAGAGGUUGGGUUUGCCAAAGAACGAGUAA